GACAGAGAAUAACGGCACGCUCACGUGCACUAAAUACAAAAGACGCUACUAUUUAGAAUCGAGCCCUCCUGCUAAAUAAACCUAGCAGAUCAAAUACUGGUGAGAAAACUUUGACCCUGCUGCCAUAGAGGUAAUGUUGAGGGCUGUGACCAAGUGCUUUCUUCAUCCCGUCGCUGGUAGAAGAAUGAUGUCGUACAGCAGUCUUAGUGGAAAAGUUGCCAUAGUUACUGCUUCCACCGAUGGGAUUGGCCUGGCAGCUGCACAGGCGUUGGGGAGAAGCGGCGCUCAUGUUGUAGUGAGCAGUCGUCGACAGGCCAACGUGGAUAAGGCAGUGUCGCAGUUACGCGCUGAAAACAUCCAAGUCACUGGCACUAUUUGUAAUGUGGGAAACAAAGAGGACAGAGAAAAACUGAUUAACAUGACUGUGGAGCAGUGUGGUGGUAUUGACAUACUGGUCUCUAACGCAGCCGUGAACCCAUUCUUUGGAAACAUUUUAGAAUCCACAGAUGCGGUCUGGACUAAGAUAUUAGAUGUGAAUGUGAAGUCUUCUUUUCUUCUGACCAAACUAGUGGUGCCUCACAUGGAGAAAAGAGGAGGAGGCUCCGUGGUGUUCGUGUCUUCUGUAGCAGGCUACCAGCCAAUACCGGGUCUGGGUCCGUACAGCGUGAGUAAGACAGCACUGUUGGGCCUAACCCGAGCUCUUGCUCCUGAACUCGCUCAGACUAACAUCAGGGUCAACUGCGUAGCUCCAGGAGUCAUUAAAACACGCUUCAGUUCAGCUCUGUGGCAGAGUGAGGAAGUGGCCUCCGAGUUUCUGAAGAUGCUGAGCAUUAAAAGGUUGGGAAAACCAGAGGAUAUCGGAGGUGUGAUUGCUUUCUUGUGUUCAGACGAUGCCUCAUACAUCACCGGAGAGACCAUUACUGUCACGGGCGGCAUUAACUGCAGACUGUAGGGGUUUUGGUUUAACAAGACUCGAUAAUAAUAAUAAUUAAAAAAAAAAAAAAAAAAAAA